CUCGUACCUAACUUUCGUCCUCCUUAAUUAUGCCUCCAUCUAUUUUUUCAAUUCUAAUUGAAACUGUAAGGUUUAAUUAAAACUGAACAAUGGAAAGAAAAAAAAUGCAGGAUGGACUAAAAUCUAUUUUUAUCCUGAAGAAUUUUUAUUUUUAUUUUUUUAAAAAACAAAAACAUGAUUCUCAUUUCCUGUCUGCAAAGACCUCCUGGUGCUGGAUAGUAGUAGAGGUUCAGCAGACACAAACCAACCCAGCAGAGAUACAUUUCAAUUAGUUGGAGACAUCGAGAUCCCAUUUCCCCACAUCUGUUUCUCUUUUCAUCUUCUUCACUCCUUUCACUGAAUCAUUUCUUCAAACGCCUCAACUUCACACCCACUCUGUGCUGAAAGAAGUUGCUUUACAUUCUGUUCACCUAAUUUUUCCGUCCACUGCUAAGAGAUUCACCUCAAAUACAGAGUCACAUUGACUGUACAGCUUGUGGGCUCCGCUCAAAACUACUCAAAUUGAUGCCAUUCAUUGGCCCAGCAUCGUUUUCUUCAAGGGGUUUAGGUCAAACAGCUUUUGGGUGAAGUUCUGAAUGAUUUCUCUAAAUUCAAGCCCACCAGGAAGGGAAAAUAACAAGUCAGAAAUAAUGGGAUUAUCUUAUUGAAGGAGGAGGAAUAAUAAAAAUUGUGUCUUUUUAUGUAUUGCCUGUAAGACUGUGAUGAACAUUACCUCUGUAAGUACUGCCGUAAUUUUUAUUAGUGAGGUAGUAGUACCAAAAGAGUCGCAUUGGGAUUGGUGCUGAAAGUCUUGACAUGGCCGAUUUAGUACGGACAGUGCCAAUAUGCAAGGUUUACUGUGCAGCCUCCUCAAGUCAUCAUCGUUGUAGUAAUUAUCAUCCUCAAAAAGUGAGAUUCUUGGAUUUUGGGCCCAGGAAGGAUUUCCUGAACUUAAGGACUGUGAAUAAAUGGGAAUGCGCUUCCAGGGUCUUGCCUGAGACCCAAAAGGCAAAUUCUCCCGUAGAGGAGGAUGACAAGUCAUCUGUUUCACAAGGUGGAAAUGAGGAGACUGGGAUCACCCGCACUAGGGAAUUCCACAAAGAUUUAAAUGCUCUCCCAAGACCAUUAUCUGCAACUGAACUUUAUUAUUCUCCAAGUGAUCGUUCCAAAGUACGGAUUGCUUAUCAGGGGGUUCCAGGUGCAUACAGUGAGGCAGCUGCAUUAAAAGCAUACCCAGAGUGUGAAACAGUACCAUGUGAUCAAUUUGAGGAUGUGUUCAAGGCUGUUGAGUUGUGGUUAGUGGACAAAGCGGUACUCCCGAUGGAGAAUUCUGUUGGGGGCAGUGUCCACCGCAAUUACGACCUGCUCCUUUUUCACAGGCUGCAUAUAGUUGGGGAAGUGCAAAUGGUUGUGAAUCACUGCCUCCUCGGUUUGCCUGGUGUGAGGAAGGAGGAGUUAAAGUCCGUUUUAAGUCAUCCUCAGGCCCUUUUUCAAUGCGAAGCGACUCUUAACAAAUUUGGUGUUGUUAAGCUCAGCACAAAUGAUACUGCUGGCGCUGCUCAGAUUGUAGCUGCUGAAGGUGUAAGAGAUACUGGAGCCAUUGCAAGUGCCAGAGCUGGAGAAAUUUAUGGGCUUCAAGUUUUGGCUGAAAAUAUACAGGACAACGCUGAUAAUAUCACCCGUUUUUUGAUACUUGCGAGAGAACCUAUUAUCCCAGGCACUGGUAGAGCCUAUAAGACUAGCAUUGUAUUCAGCCUAGAAGAAGGGCCUGGGGUACUUUUUAAAGCAUUAGCGGUAUUUGCUUUACGGGAUAUUAAUUUAUCGAAGAUUGAGAGUCGGCCACAAAGAAAUAGGCCGCUAAGGAUUGUUGAUGAUUCUAACAAGGGUAGAGCAAUGUACUUUGAUUACCUCUUCUAUCUAGAUUUUGAAGCGUCGAUGGCAGAACCACGGGCCCAAUAUGCUCUUGGGCAUCUACAAGUGAGUAUCAUCACUAACUUGUGGUUCUUAUGAGUUUUGGUCGAUGUACUUAUUUCCCAGAGCUUCUUUUUUCCUGGCACUGUACAUUAGUGUUCCCUAUUAUCCCUUUUAGUAUCUAUCAGAUUGCAUUAGCAAGGUGUUCAAUCUAACACUUGAAGGAACAUUGUUGUUGUUUUCUGUGGGGAACAAAGGUUUCUCCACGCUAUGAAAGUGGUUCUCCUCAGACCAGUUAGCUUAUCCCUUUUAGUAUCUAUCAGAUUGCAGUAGCAAGGUGUUCAAUCUAACGCUUGAAGGAACACUGUUGUUGUUUUCUGUCGGGAACAAAGGUUUCUCCACGCUAUGAAAGUGGUCAUCUUCUAGCUUUAAGUUUUGGAUCCAAGAUGACACCAGCCAUAAUGAAAGGGUUACCAAGAUAUACAUUCGGUUCACAUUUUUUUGUUCUUGAUCAUCUUUCAGAGCAAUCAGAGGGGUAAAAUCAUCCAUUCGGGUACCAAUUUAGGCUGCCAUGAUCAUCUUUUGUUGUUAUAAAUGUUGGUUGACUGUGAGUAAUGGUAGUUUUCCGAGUAUCAAUUGGUGAUUGAUGCUUUGCACAACCCUCAAGGUAGUUGAACCUGAAAAAUAGUCAAACAGCACAAAAUUUCCUUAAACCCCUCGUUGCUUGAGAUUUUCUUUCAAUGUGGCUAUUGAACUUCUGAUUUCUGUGUGAUUCUGAGGAAUUAAGAUCUUACAUCUCCAUUUCUCCAGGAAAUGGCAAAAUUUCUCCGGGUCCUCGGCUCCUACCCUAUGGACACAACUCUAUAGGCGCUCCGUUACAGAAUGGGAUGAACCUGCCACAUCUUCAGAAGCAUUCCCAAGGAAAAUUGAUCUCAUACAUGUAAAUUGUCUCUUUCUAUUGGUUUUAGGGUAAUUUUCCCCUCAAUUUUCGGCCAACAGAGACUGAAGUUGGGUAAUGCAACACCCUGCCUGGCUGCCUGGCAAUGAUUAUGUUCAUUUUAAUGUUUAUAUCUUCCAAGUGAAGAUGCAUCCUUUAUUAUUUUGUACAAUCAAAACGUGGCCGUUCCUCCCAUUUGUUAACUCAAGCCUCAGAUAUUCCUUACAAUUUGUUAUGCCUAUCAGAAGAUUCAGACUCAUCAUUAUUCUAGGAUUCCUGGAGGCUAAAGUAGACUAAGGAAUUGGCAAAAAUCUUCUGUAUUGAUUAUGAAUAUUCACGUGUAUUAAUCUGUACAGCUUGUACGUAUAUACUACAUCAAGUAAUCAGCAAUUAAUUUUAAC